AUGGCUGUGCGUACCCAGUUUGAAAGCAGUAAUGAUAUUGGUGUAUUUGCUCGUUUAACAAAUUCAUAUUGUCUUGUGGGUGUUGGUGGAUCAGAAAACUUUUAUUCGACAUUCGAAAGUGAAUUAAAUGAUCAUAUACCUGUUAUUCAUGCAUCAAUCGCUGAUUGUCGUAUUGUUGGUCGAUUAACUAUUGGUAAUCGUCACGGUCUACUUGUUCCAAGUUCAACAACUGAUCAAGAAUUGCAACAUAUUCGAAAUUCAUUGCCAGACACUGUACGUUUACGUCGUUGUGAAGAACGUUUAUCGGCACUUGGAAAUGUUAUUGCAUGUAAUGAUUAUGUUGCUCUGAUUCAUCCCGAUUUAGAUAAAGAAACAGAAGAAAUAUUAUCAAAUACUUUAAAUGUUGAAUGUUUUCGUCAAACAGUUGCUGAUCGUGUUUUAGUUGGAAGUUACUCAACAUUUACAAAUCAAGGUGGUCUCGUUCAUCCAAAAACAACGAUACAAGAACAAGAAGAAUUAUCAUCAUUAUUACAAGUACCUCUUGUAGCAGGUACAAUUAAUCGAGGUUCAGAUGUUAUUGGAGCCGGUUUAUUGGUGAAUGAUUGGAUAGCAUUUUGUGGUUUAGAUACAACAGCUCAUGAAAUAAGUGUCAUUGAGAGUGUAUUCAAAUUAGGACAACAUCAUCAUUUAACUGGUGCCAAUGCAGCAACAACGAAUAAGACUAUUAAAGAUUCAUUAGUCGAUGCAUUAACAUAA